CUUCGUCGUCGAACGGAAUAACAAAGUCGCCGGUAAGAUUCGGGAGAGAACAAGCGAGAAGCGACGACGGUAGUUUGUGAUCAAAGCCAGCGGAAGGAUUGAAAUCGAAGAUGAUCGGCCGGCGUGCUGGAACGAAUCGAGUCGGUAUGAAGAGAGACGACUCUCUUCUGACCCGGUUUGUUGACUCAGUAUUCUAUUUCUUCCGAUUGGCUGAGUUUGAGAUCCUCUUUGUGCUCUUCAUCAUUAUAACCUACGUCAUCUUCAAAGAUCUGACGGCGAGGCCUGAGUACAAUCGGAUUCUUGUGGAGAAACCCGGUGGAUCUGACAUCUGGCCGUUCUAAAUGAAAUUAGAAAUUGUUAGUUAUCGGUCUCAUGUUUCUGUAGGAGGAGGUGUGUGUGUAUACGGCAAUGAAAGCUUAUCUUUCUCUUCUGUUGUACAUGUCAGUUUGUUCAAUAGGUCAAUGUAAUUCUCCUUCGUUUGUGUUUUUGAUUAAUAAAGAGUUCGGUUGCAGUCACUA